GCCCGGUCCUCUACAUGUACCACUACCACUACCACUACAGCCGCAUUUUCUAACCUCACUACAUCAUCUCGAGUCCAUCCGCGCGGUUGACGCAGUUUUCACUUGCCCAGAGCCGCUGCAAAGCGACAAUUGCAACGCUCGCCAUCAUAUUGAUUUAGUCCCCAUCCAUUGUUUCCGCAAACAACAUCGGACGCGCGACCGUCGACCUCAUCCCUACCUGCCGAGCAAAUAUUGCAUUGUCACCCUCUCUACUCCCCCCAGCUGAUAUACUACUCGCCGCGAUGUCGUCCAUCGCUCUAGAGACUCCUUUGGCCGAGGCGCUGAGUAGCGCUGUGCAUUCCAAGAUCGUCGAAGAAGGCUGGACGCAAGAGGAUGACACGUCACUAGCAGAAUACAUAGUGCUGAUGCUAGCGAACGGCAAGACGCAAGAUCAGAUUGCAUCGGAACUCGCUGGCGAAUUAUUACAAGACGCGAAAGGGACUACAGAGUUUGCGCAGUGGUUGUUCGAGCAGGUUAACAUGCUCUCCAACGGCGCCACUGGUUCAGUACCAGCAGAGGCUGCACAGCCAUCGGAUCAAUUACCCCAAUCUAUCGCGCCAGAUCCAUCGGCUGAAAAUGGAACCUCUGCGAUCCCUGCAGCAUACGACCAAGAUAUGGCCGACAAUGCGCCAGAAAAUGCACCCCGUGGACCCAAAGGCUUACAUGGCGGGCGACCGGCUGGUCGAGGCGGACGGGGAGGAGCAGGCAACAAGGGUACUGAUUCAGUGCUACAUCGGACUCGAGGCAAUGAUCGGAUAAACACUCACUCUGUACGUGGGGUACCAAAAGGCCCUCGUAACAACCAAAACCGUGACGUCCGUCCUGGUAUGCAGAAGGCUUUAAACGGGAUGAACAUGUCCGGCCAACCGCAGGGAAUGCCAAACCCCAUGAUGAUGAACAAUGGACAACCCGGUCAAUCAAUGAUGACACCUCAGCAGCAGAUGGAAUUUAUGGCUAUGAUGGAACAACAGACACGCAUGCUCGCUCAGUUUACGGGAAUGAUGCCGGGUGCCGCUUUUGGUCAAGGGAUGAAUCAACAGAACGGCCAAAGUCGAUCACUGUUUGAUAGAGUCGAGCCUGGGCGUGGCCGUGGAGGAAGCCGAGGUCGAGGUCGUGGUGGCCAUCACCAGAACGGCCACAUCAAGGCUGGCGCCAAAGCCGGCGAUGGUGACGCCACAAUGGAAGGUGAUGGACAGCCUGUCGCUGCGGAAGGCUCGCCAACGGAAGGAGAGCAACAAGCUGAGGGCGAGAGAAAGCCACAAGAUCCAUCUAACACCAUGUGCCAUUUCAACCUCCGCUGCACCAACAAAGAUUGUGCUUAUGUCCAUCAGUCGCCUGCUGCUCCAGAAGGCACGGUGGUGGAUAUGUCCGACACGUGCACAUUCGGUGCUGCUUGCAAGAACACCAAAUGUGUGGCGAAGCAUCCUUCACCAGCUCAGAGAGGGGCUUUCCAGGCUCAGGAGACCUGCAAAUUCUUUCCGAACUGCACGAAGCCGAAUUGCCCUUUCAAGCAUCCGACUAUGCCGUUGUGUCGAUUUGGUGCCAACUGCAAAACUCCCAACUGCCAAUUUACACAUCUACAGAUCCCCUGCCGGUUCAAUCCUUGCACGAACCUGCGCUGCCCAUAUAAACAUGAGCCUGGCCAGCAGAAAGCUACCAGCUUGGCUGAUUAUACUUGGACUCCAGACAAACAAAAUCAGCAGGAUGGGGACAAGGAACAUGUUAGCGACAGAAAAUUCGUGGAUGAGCAUGCGGGAGACGAGGAACUUGUCAAGCCAGAGGGUGAUGCUCCAGAGGCAAAUGGUAACGCGGGUAUGAGGGAGGAGCUGAUCACUUAGGGAGGGGUCCCUGCUCCAUGGACAGAUCAGGUGGUUGAACUCAGGAAAAUGGGCUGCUGAUGCUAGAUUCAUCGGCAAAGCUGUACAGUAUGAGUAUGAAAGGGUAGGCAAUCCAGGUGGGAGCUGUAGUCAUGGCUAAGACACAGCUUGCUCUUGUAAUGGAAAUGCCCAUGAUAUCCAGUAGUGCAUUGAAUGCACAAAGAGGCGUUGCGGGCUCUUCAUUUGUACUAUGGGUAGAUUAAGAUGCCGUUGUGUCCUUACUGCAUUGUAUUGUCC